CCUCUCUGCAAGCGGGGAUGUAGAGGUGGGAUUGCAAGCGCCGAGAGAACUCGGGGAACCCACGCGUUCAACACAGCCCCUGAGAAAGUGCGCUUUCCUCACUGAACCAACGCGCAAUCUUACAUUUAUUUUAUUUUAUUUCUCCUCACGUUUUUCACUAUCAAGCAGGCGCCGGGUUAGGAUUGUCUCUUUGGAAAAAGAAGCUUUUUAUCUCCCUGUCUUCUCUUCUUUCUUUCUCCUUUUUUUCCCCCUGUCACCAUUCGCCAAGGCAAGGCAGGGAGAGACGCGGACCGCUCGGACUGUGGGAGCCCUUCCCUCUGCUUGAAUCUGCUCUGGUAGUUUCCUGAAGGCCAAUGUAAGGACGUGGAUGAGGGCUGAGCUACUGAGGAGGAGGAAGGCUUUGAUGCCUGUCUCUUGCUGACUGGCCGGUUGGUCCACUAACGUCAAGUCGCACUCCCACCGAGGCAAAAAACGGGCCCAGUUAAAAGUCCUUCAUUGCUCACCCCUUUCCCCUCUCCACCCUCACCCCCAACCCAGGGACAUACGCACUGGACCAUGUCUAGUGGGCUGUCGGAGGGACCCCAGACAGAGGACCUGGAGCGCAGUAGCUGCAAACAGGACUCUCCUGUCAUAGAGCGCAGAAAUCGAAGCGGCAUCAUCAGUGAGCCUCUCAGCAAGAGCCUUAAGAACUCUCGCACCCUUUCUCAAUAUACAGCAGUCUCCUCUGCUGCCACCAAUGGACACACGGACAAUAGCUCCACGAAGAGCCACUUGGCCAAGCCUCAAGCACCCCCAGCUCCCCCAGCCACUGUUUCCACACUGACAGCAGCCAAGUUGGACAGAACCUUAGAACAGGUUCUGGAAGGACAGAAUGGCCUGCUGCACUUUGCCCAGGCAGCAGCACUGCUAAAGCGAGCCGGUAUGGAGCACAUGCUCCUGCCUGGGGGCAUGGGAGUGGGAGUUGGCGGAGGAGACUCAGGCUCGGGGACAAGCGACUUGGAGGGUACGUCUGUUGCGGAUGCCGUAGGUGGUCCCGUGGACUUCCCAUAUGGAGUAGGGGGCGGCUUUCCCUUCAAUCCUGGGCUUUUCAUCAUGACGCCGGCCGGAGUCUUUCUGGCGGACAGCGCACUUCACAUGGCCGGUUUAACAGAAUACCCGGCACAGAGCGAGCUUGCCUCUGCCAUCAACUCCGGCAAAAAGAAGCGAAAACGCUGCGGCAUGUGUCCGCCUUGCCGACGGCGGAUAAACUGCGAGCAGUGCAGCAGCUGCCGGAACAGAAAAACAGGCCACCAGAUCUGCAAGUUUCGCAAAUGCGAGGAGCUGAAGAAGAAACCCUCUGCAGCACUGGAGAAGGUGAUGCUUCCUACUGGAGCAGCGUUCCGGUGGUUCCAGUAGGACUCGUCCUUACCCAAAGCUCUGCCAUCAAGUGCAAUGCCAACUCCUGGAUUGUCUCCGGAACAGACACUGGUUGAUAAACAAACUAGCAACAAUAAAAUUAUAUAAAAAAAAUAACAAGAACAAAGCAGAAAACAAAAAAAAACAACAACAUCGGAUUAUGGAUGCACCUACUUAUUCCUUGAACCAAAAAUGAAGCAUAAAAGAAAAACAUCUAUGGCAACUUUUCAUUCCUUUUUUCUUUGUUUUCAUUUUUACUUACCUUUUUGUCCUUUUUUUCCCCCCCGGCUGGAUUUUUUUUGUUUGUUUGUUUUCUAUCGCUUGAACGCGGAACCGCUCAUUGCCAGAAACAGAAAUCUUGGACAGAUGGUGGACAAUCAACUAAUUUCUGUGUUUGGUGUUAAUGUUGUUCAUGUGUGAAAAGAUUUGGUACUUGUGUAGAGAAUGUAAAUUUACAGCUAUAUUCUAAAAGUUAGCGGCUAAUGGCAAACAUCGUAACUCUUCACUGUUAUGUUACCUAAACCAUUGUCUAGUUUAUGCUUAAGUUGGUUGAAGAUGGAUGGAGAAAGUGAUUCUAAAUGUGAGGCUGUCAAGUUGAAAAUGAAAGUGGAUGUUAUUGCUGGGCAAAGCACCUAAGUUGAAGUCAUCACUACUGUAAUCUCCUUAAUAAGUCCUUCUUUUCAUUUUCAGACUUUUCCUCUCUUGUGAAACUGGCAGCCUUAUGUUACUGUGGCCCUACUGAGCAUGUGCCAGUACUGUUCAGGGCAAUAGCACCAAGAGACAGCACUUGCUCUGAGUUUACCCUACUGAACGCACUGAGUAAAGAUUGCAUUUCUUUUUUUUUUUUUAUUCUUAAAUUGUUGAUUUAUUUGUUAAAAUUUCCUGAGGUUUUUUCUUUAAGUUGCUAAGUAGCUGCAGCUUUUGAAAAACAAAAAAACAUCUCGAUCUUUGUAUUUGUUUAGAAAAUUGGACUUGUUUUGUGAAUAAAAAGGAAUGCAUGUAUUUGUGUCAAAAUUUACAUUUUCAAUGUUUUGUCUGAUUGUCUAUUUGCAUGUUUUUUUAAAAGCGGUUUUGAGUAAGAAAAUGAAAUUUUUCACAGGUUAUGAGAAAUGUUUCUUUUUUUUUUAUUGGAUGGCAUGAAAAGAAGAAAAUAAAUUCUUACCCUCAGAAAACUCUUAAAAAGCAAAAGAAAGAUGGUGGUAACAUGGAUCCCCACCAUGUCCAUUCUUGCUGCCUGUGUAAUCUUCCUACACUGGAAUGAUGGAGCCUUGCUGUGCUAAAAUGUAACCAAAGUGAUUUAAAAGAUGUUUGAAUAAGAA